AUGGUGAUCAUUGCUCCUCCAAAUGUAGCAUCUAAAUACUCGAAAGCGAUGGCGAAGCCUUCCUUCUCUCUAAAGCUAUUUCUUUGGGUGUUUUUACUCGCUAAUCUUCCUACAAGCUCCCUCCAGACUGAAAAUGACGAUGAUGUGACAAACAAAACGUGGGUGUUGACUCCCAAAGUCUACGAGAGCGAUGUCACCAACAUCCUAAACAGCCUACUAGAUGGCUACGAUAACAAACUGCGACCAGAUAUAGGAGUAAAACCAACCGUGAUCCACACGGACAUGUUUGUCAACAGUAUUGGCCCAGUGAAUGCUAUCAAUAUGGAGUACACCAUCGACAUAUUUUUUGCCCAGACGUGGUAUGACCGGAGGUUAAAGUUCAACAGUACCAUGAAGGUCUUGCGUCUCAACAGCAACAUGGUGGGCAAGAUCUGGAUCCCUGACACCUUCUUCCGCAACUCUAAGAAGGCCGACGCCCACUGGAUCACCACACCCAAUCGUAUGCUCCGGAUCUGGAACGACGGACGGAUACUCUACACACUGCGGUUGACUAUUGAUGCCGAGUGCCAGCUUAAACUGAACAACUUCCCAAUGGAUGAGCACUCCUGUCCGCUGGAGUUUUCCAGCUAUGGCUACCCCAGAGAGGAGAUAGUGUACAAGUGGAAGAGGAGCUCCGUGGAGGUGGGAGACAUCCGCUCCUGGAGGCUCUACCAGUUCUCCUUCGUUGGCCUGAGGAAUACCAGCGAGAUCGUCAGGACUGUGUCAGGAGAUUACGUUGUGCUGACAGUCUUCUUCGACUUGAGCAGAAGGAUGGGUUACUUCACCAUUCAGACCUACAUCCCCUGCACUCUCAUCGUUGUUCUCUCCUGGGUUUCCUUCUGGAUCAACAAGGAUGCUGUGCCUGCUAGAACAUCCUUAGGCAUCACCACUGUGCUGACCAUGACUACGCUAAGUACCAUAGCCAGGAAGUCGCUGCCUAAGGUGUCCUACGUGACGGCCAUGGACCUCUUUGUGUCCGUAUGCUUCAUCUUCGUCUUUGCCGCGCUGAUAGAAUACGGAACACUGCACUACUUUGUAAGCAACAGGAAGCCAAGCACAAAAAAGGACAAGAAGAAGAAAAACCCGCUCCUCCGGCUCUUUUCCUCAAAGACCCCUACGGUGGACAUACGCCCUCGCUCAGCCACCGCCAUCCAGAUGAACAACGCCACCCACAUGCAGGAGCGGGAUGAGGAGUAUGGCUACGAGUGCCUGGACGGCAAGGACUGCACCAGCUUCUUCUGCUGUUUCGAGGACUGCCGCUCCGGGGCCUGGCGGCAUGGGCGGUUGCACAUCCGUGUCGCCAAGAUAGACUCGUACGCUCGCAUCGGUUUCCCCACCGCUUUCGGUCUCUUUAACCUGGUUUACUGGAUCUCCUAUCUCUAUCUCUAGAUCCAGCGUGUAGCCAGACUUAGAAUAU